AUUAUGGGAUCUGGACUUCCAAUAAAACCCAGAUUUGCUACGUAGGAGAAUCCGGAUCAUCUUGGUGUGGGAACAAGAACAAAUGUUCAACACUGGGUUUGAUCCUGCCCAUCUUCUCCGAGGAGACAUGGCCGGCAGCUCUGCGUGGCACCCUCUACUUGAUCGGCCUACUCUACUCGUUCCUGGGCGUGUCGAUCGUGGCCGAUAUUUUCAUGUGUGCCAUCGAGAAGAUCACGUCCAAGACCAAGAAGAUCCAUUUUGCCACACCCAAGGGAGACAGUCCCGAAGUGAUCGAGGUGCCCGUGUGGAAUGGGACGGUGGCCAAUUUGACUCUCAUGGCUCUGGGCUCGUCCGCCCCCGAGAUCCUGCUCAACGUCAUCGAGAUCAUUGGCAAUAACUUCGAAGCCGGCCAACUGGGCCCGGGCACGAUCGUGGGAUCCGCCGCAUUCAACUUGUUGGCCAUUUCCGCCGUGUGCAUCAUUGGCAUUCCGACCGGCGAGACUCGCCGGAUCGACCAGAUCAUCGUGUUUGGCGUGACGGCCUCGUUCUCAGUGUUGGCCUACAUCUGGCUGUUGGUGAUCCUCAAAUGGGUGAGCCCCGAGGAGGUGGAGCUUUGGGAGGCCAUCCUCACAUUCGUGUUCUUCCCCAUUCUGGUGGUGAUUGCUUAUUGUGCGGAUAAGCAAUGGCUUCAUCCUCUCUUCGGACAGAAACGAACCACGAGCUCCGACAAGGAACGACAGAUCGAGUUGGGUAACUUUACCCCAGGUGAGACCGAAGAAAUGCUAAAAGACCGAGCCUACUUCAGAAACGGUCAAUUUGACCGUGAUGGAUUGGUCAGUUUCAUCAAAGACGUCAAAAAGAACACAAAGUUAAGCGAUGAAGACGCUGCUGUUUUGGCUGCAUCCAAAAUCAUCGACUCCAAACCGCACUCUCGAAUGUGGUAUCGCAUUGGAGCCGUGCGGAACAUUACUGGAGGUCGAAAAACACAACCCUCGUGGCGAAUGAACGAGAAACUGAAAGAGAAUGUCUCAGGAAUGUUAGCUCCCAUCACGGAGGAUGGGAAGAAGGUUUAUGAUGCCAUCAAUGAGCACCCCGAGGCUCCUAAUAUCAGUUAUCCGGAUGAGGACGAAGACAAAGCUAUUAUUGACUUUCACACAUCCUCGGCAGCCGUUCUUGAGAACGUCGGAACCUACAAAGUUACCAUUAUCCGACAUGGAAAGCUAGACGAAACCGUGCGAAUAAGAGUGGAAACCAUCGAUGGGUCAGCUGUGGAAAAUGAAGACUACCAACCCAUAAACGAGGUGCUCACUUUCGAACCCCAGGAACUUGAAAAAGAGGUUGGUUUGACGAUCAUCGACGACAAUCAAUGGGAGCCUGAUGAGGAGUUCUUCGUGAAGUUGACCUUGAUCCCUGGCGAUGACUCUAAAAACGUGCGCUUGGGCCGGACCUCCAUCAUGGAGGUCACCAUUCUGAACGAUGAUGAACCUGGGAUGCUUCAAUUUGAAAAACGCGGACAUUUGGUUAAGGAGAGUGUGGGAAACGCCCGCAUCACCGUAAUUCGUCAAAAUGGCGCGGACGGAGAUAUCUCCGUUAAAUGGAAGACCAUCGACAAGUCUGCGGUCAAUGGCAAGGACUACCACGGUGGCGAAGGAAUGUUGGAAUUCAACCAUGGCGAGACACGACGAGUGAUCGAAAUCCCCAUUGAGAACGACAUGGACUUUGAAAAAGACGAGAAUUUUGAACUUGAGAUUUACGAACCCAAGGGAGGUGCCACCAUUGGCAGAAUAAAUCGAACCGCCGUCACCAUCACCAACGACGACGAGUUUAACUCCAUCAUGAACAAGAUGAUGCUGAUGACCAAUUUGAACGUGGAUUCGAUGAGGGUCCACAAUGAGACCUGGGGCCAACAACUGAAAGAUGCCAUGAAUGUCAAUGGAGGAGAUGUCGAAAACGCCACUGCUGGGGACUAUGUAAUGCACUUUUUGACUUUUGGAUUCAAGAUCUUAUUCGCCCUAAUUCCCCCAGCAGGCAUGGGAGGAGGCUGGCCUUGUUUUGUAGUGUCCUUGGGCAUGAUUGGACUCUUGACUUGCAUCGUUGGCGACUUGGCCUCAAUCUUUGGUUGCUUGGUUGGCUUGGAGGACAGUGUGACUGCCAUUACCUUGGUGGCUCUGGGAACCUCACUUCCCGAUACCUUUGCUUCCAAGGCCGCUGCGGUUGGAGAAAAAUCCGCUGACAACGCGAUUGGCAAUGUAACGGGUUCUAACUCUGUAAACGUGUUUUUGGGUUUGGGACUUCCAUGGUUGAUUGCCGCCAUCUACCACUUUGCUAAAGGUAGCAAAUUUGUGGUGCCUUCCGGUUCAUUGGGAUUCAGUGUGACCAUUUAUGCCGUUUGUGCGAUCAUUGGACUCGGCUUGCUCGUGGUUCGGCGAUAUGUGGCCUUUUUUGGAAAAGCCGAACUAGGUGGGCCCACCGGCGCCAAAUGGGCCUCGGGUGUUUUCUUCGUCAUGCUAUGGUUUACGUAUGUAGCGUUGUCAACACUUCAGGCCUAUGGUGUGAUUGGUGCCGAAUAAGUAGCUUGAAACCCCGAAUAAAACUACCCCUCUCAUGAGCCCUCUUCAAAUUCAUGAUUCUCCUUCACAAGAUACAUUUGGAGUGAACAACUUCCCGAAGAAGCACAAGAUUGAUGCCAAAUCCUGCCCCCUGUUUUUCGAUUCCAUUUUGACUUCCGUGUUGUAUUGUGGAAGCCAAGCCCCGGUUUCAGCAAAUUACCAAUUUCUGAAGUUCGUUGAAACCCAUUCAUGAACAUCUUAUUCUAUGUACGUUCGCUCGAGUGUAAAGUAUAGCCAAUUCUAAUUCCUUAUAUGAUAACAUCUUAUGCUAGGUAUAGUUGGAUCUCUAAUGCCUGUGUCUUCUUGAAUUGUUUAAUGAGAACAUCGUGAUCAGUAUUUUUGGACGAAUAAUCGAUAUGGUUCAUGUCUGAACCAAACAUGAGUCUGUACAGCUAAUGCAUUAAUGACGAUGAAAGUCAAACUUUGAUGAUUUCUUUGAUUUUUUUGGUAAUAAAUCACGUCUAAUCAUUA